CAGAUCCCUGUGAACAUCCAACACCUGGUACCAGCGGCAAGCAGAGACGAUUCAAUUCAGGAGACAGAGACCACGAGAGGCUGGGCAUCCGGGGCAUCUUCGAAGAGAGCAGGUCUUCUGACAGAGCCAGCCCCACACCCAGCACCCAGCACCCAGCACAGGAAAAGGGGAGGGGUGGCAGUGACUGCCUGAGUGAAAAACAGCUACAAGGGAGCUUCAACUGCAUCAAAGGUCAGCCUGCCACCAACUCGGGACGACUCCGAGAAGACCUGCCCUGGAGGUGCUAAGAAGAGACACCAGCGCCCAGCUGGGAAGGUGCCAGCUCCCCCCUACCCUGCUGCCCCGCCCCUAGGCCUGCAGUCAGCAGCUGGGGUGCAGGAAGAGCUCCCCCCGGGGCAGGAGUCAUGGCCCGGCUACCUCCCUGCUGGCUGUGGGUUCUGGGGACCCUGGCGGGGCUCUCAGCAACCCCAGGCCCCAAGAGUUGUCCGGAGAAGCACUACUGGGCUCAGGGAGGAUGGUGUUGUCAGAUGUGUGAACCAGGAACGUUCCUGGUGAAGGAUUGUGAGCAGCACGGAGAGGCGGCUCAAUGUGAUCCAUGUACACCAGGGGUCUCCUUCACACCGGACCACCACAGCCGGCCCCACUGUGAGAGCUGCCGGCACUGUAACUCUGGUCUUCUCAUUCGAAACUGCACCCUCACGGCUAACUCGGAGUGUGCCUGCCCCGAGGGCCAGCAGUGCAGGGACAAGGACUGUAUGGAGUGUGAUGGUCCAGCCCAAGCCCCAGGCCCACACCCACAACCUUCCCAAUUACCUUAUGCUGAAGAGAUCCCAGAGGCCAGGACAGAUCGGCACACUCAAACUCUGGCCAACUCCAGGUGGCUGCCGCCUGCGACCCUCUCAACCCACUGGUCACCCCAAAGGUCCCUGUGCAGCGUGAACUGCGUCCGCAUCUUUGUGCUUCUCUCUGGAAUGUUUCUUGCUUUCACCAUAGUCGGAGCCCUGUUCCUCCAUCAACAAAGAAAAUUAAACGCAGGAGAAAGUCCAGUGGCACCUGCAGAGCCUUGUCCUUACACCUGUCCCAGCGAGGAAGAGGGCAGUGCCAUCCCCAUUCAGGAGGAUUACCGAAAACCAGAGCUUACUUCCUACUCUGAGCCAGUGCUCCUCAGAGAAGGCCAUCACUGCAAUCAAGUCCUAGCUUCCACCUCACUCCACUGACCAUCCAAGGAGAUCAAGAGAGGGCACCUCGAAUUUCAGCACCACCCUCUCAUCAGGACCUUUCCUGUGUGCAGACUUGAGAAACCAUUGUUGCUCACUCGCUAAGUCAUGUGCAAUUCUUUGUGACCCCACCGACUGCAGCACACCAGGCUCUCCUGUCCUUCACUAUCUUCUGGAGUUUGCUCAAUUCAUGUCCAUUGAGUCGGUGAUGCUAUCUAACCACCUCAUCCUCUGUCACUCCCUUCUUCUACCCUCAAUCUUUCCCAGCAUUAGGAUCUUUUCCAGUGAGUCGGCUCUUCACAUCAGGUGGCCAAAGUAUUGGAGCUUCAGCAUCAGUCCUUCCAAUGAAUAUUCAGGGUUGAUUUCCUUUAGGACUGACUGGUUUGAUCUCCUUGCUGUCCAAGGGACUCUCAAGAGUCUUCUCUAGUACCACAAUUCUAAAGCAUCAUUCUUCAUUGCUCAACCUUCUUUAUAGAACAACUCUCAAAACUGUACAUGACUAUUGGAAAAACCAUAGCUCUGACUAUACAGAACUUUGUUGACAAAGUGAUGUCUCUGCUUUUUAAUACGAUGUCUAGAUUUGUCA